AUGGUUCACAAGCUUAUCCACCGAGUUACCAUGUUCAAGCUCCCCGGCGAGGAGGCUCAGAAGGGACUGCUGGCCGCCUACGACCAACUGGCCAAGGAUCAGAAGAAGGACGGCAAGCCGUACAUCCCCUUCAUCUGCGCCGGCGUGGCCAUGGACGACCCGCGCACCAAGGGCUACACCAUUGUCGCCAAGACUGAGUUCUGGUCUCUGGAGGACUUGCAGUACUACGACAAGGAGUGCGAGGCGCAUGCGGCCCUGAAGAAGACGGCUGCCACUCUUGGCCUGGCUGAGCCGCCCCUAACCGUGUACUUUGAGGGAUCGCCGACUAUCAACUUCACGGGCACGGAUCCCAAUGCGUCCUCUUAG